AUGGCAUCAUCCAGCUUCAAGAGGCUUGUCCGAUUCGUCCCUACUUCGGAUUCCAGUAAGAUUCUCAUAGGUCAACCCAUCGAUGACAGCAUCGACGUUGGCGCCGCGCUUCGAAAGGGCCAGAAGGUCGAGGUUGAGGUUUUCUCUGGGUCAUCUGUCCUAAGUCCAGGACAAAGAUCUACGAGCCGCGACACGAUUCAAAAACUGUAG